AAAUUGACCUUAUGCUCAGCUCUGUCGCUCUGAAGAAGACACCCAGUGGAUGAGACUAGCUGACUGAGUGAGAGACCACCUGAGUGCAGGAAUGGAGAACUCAACUGACAGGCCGAGGAAGAAAAAAGUUGUGGCAGUGGUGGGAGGUGGACUGGUUGGUGCACUGAAUGCCUGCUUCUUUGCCAAAAGAGGUUUUGAUGUGCAUGUGUUUGAAACUCGAGAUGAUAUCCGGCAAGCAAAAAUUGUGAAGGGGAGAAGUAUCAACCUGGCUUUAUCUCACAGAGGCCGUCAGUCACUGAAGCAUGUGGGAAUGGAGGAGAAGAUUGUCUCCAAGGGAAUCCCCAUGCAUGCAAGAAUGAUCCAUUCACUAAAUGGUGGGCAAUCUCCCAUUCCGUAUGGCAAAAAGGGUCAGUUCAUCCUGUCAGUAGACCGAGCAAAUCUGAACAAAGAGCUGCUAACAGAGGCCGAGACAUAUGCAAACACAAAGCUGAACUUUGACCACAAACUACAGGACUGGAGUGCUGAAUCAGGGUUAAUGACCUUUAUCAGGCCAGAUGGAUCCAGAAAACAGAUAGAAGCAGACCUCAUUGUGGGUUGUGAUGGAGCCUUUUCAACUGUUCGCAAGCAAUUCCUUCGUCAAAGCCGCUUUAACUACAGUCAGACUUAUAUCCCUCAUGGCUACAUGGAGCUUACCAUGCCGCCUGUCAAUGGAGAAUUUGCCAUGAAGCCCAGUUAUCUCCACAUUUGGCCUAGGAACACGUUCAUGAUGAUUGCCCUCCCCAACUUGGACAAGACUUUUACCUGCACUCUCUUCAUGCCCUUUGAAGAGUUUGAGAAGAUCACCACAGGAGAUGAAGUCAUGGAGUUUUUCGAAAAAUACUUUCCUGACGCCAUACCAUUAAUAGGAGCUGAUGUUCUCAAAAGGGAUUACUUUCGAUUACCUGCCCUGGCCAUGGUGUCCGUCAAAUGCUCGCCAUAUCACAUUGGAGACAAAUGUGUCCUUAUGGGCGACGCGGCACAUGCAGUUGUCCCUUUCUAUGGACAGGGAAUGAAUGCUGGAUUUGAGGAUUGCAUUGUCUUUGAUGAAAUAAUGGAGCAGUUCAAUGAAGAUUUAAGUGCUGUACUGCCCGAGUACACCAGAGUGCGAGUUCCAGAUGACCACGCGAUCGCAGACCUGGCCAUGUACAAUUACAUCGAAAUGCGAGCACAUGUCAACUCUAAAUGGUUCAUUUUCCGAAAGUAUGUCGAUAACAUCCUCCACUUUCUCAUGCCAAAGACGAUCAUCCCACUUUACACGAUGGUGACAUUCACAAGAACACGGUACCAUGAAGCUAUGAAGCGCUGGCACUGGCAAGACAAAGUGAUAAAUCGUGUCCUGUUAUUUGCUGCUACAGGAGCAAUUUUGGGAGGCACUUUCCUACUCAUUAAAAAUCCCCCAGACAUCAACAAGCUCAGCAUCCCCACUGAGAAAAUGUGGAACAAGCUUGCAGCAUUUGGGACAUCCUAAAUACUUGGCAACAUCUCUCACAUCUGACUGCAGAAACUACAACCUCACUCGCAGUGAUUAAAUCUAUUGAAUUAAAUCAUGUUCAGUGAGACAAAAUGUCAUAAAUCAUAUUCAAUUAAACUCAUUAUUGUGAUUCAUUA